CACCACUUCAGUGAUUCUUUCUCUGCUUCAAUUUUUCUUCUUCUUUUUGUGUUAAGGGAUUUUGGGAUUUAUUUGUUUUGUGAAAGAAGAAGAUGGAACUAGAUCUUUCUCCUAAGUUGGCUAAGAAAGUAUACGGUGGCGAUGGUGGAAGCUACUCUGCUUGGUGCCCCAGUGAACUUCCCAUGCUUCGUGAAGGCAACAUUGGUGCCGCCAAGUUGGCCCUUGGAAAGAACGGCUUUGCCCUUCCUCGGUAUUCGGAUUCUUCUAAGGUUGCGUAUGUUCUCCAAGGGGUUGGUGUAGCUGGAAUUAUUCUCCCCGAAUCCGAGGAGAAAGUGGUCGCAAUCAAGAAGGGUGAUGCCAUUGCACUCCCUUUUGGUGUUAUCACCUGGUGGUAUAACAAGGAUGAUACUGAAUUGGAGGUCCUCUUUAUGGGAGAUACCUCUAAAGGCCACAAGGCAGGCCAGUUCACUGAUUUCUUUUUGACUGGCACUAAUGGCAUCUUCACUGGUUUUACAACCGAUUUUGUUAAAAGAGCAUGGGAUGUAGAUGAUGACACUGCUAAGGCCCUCAUCGGAAACCAGCAAGGUCAAGGUAUCGUCAAGCUUGAUGCCAAGGUUAAGAUGCCUGAACCGAAGCCUGAUCAUCGAAAAGGGAUGGCCUUGAAUUGCGAGGAAGCUCCUUUGGAUACUGAUAUUAAGAAUGCUGGAAACGUUGUACUCUUGACCACAAAAAAUCUUCCUUUGGUUGGUCAGGUGGGGCUUGGUGCUGAUCUGGUUAGGUUGGAAGGUAAUGCAAUGUGCUCUCCUGGAUUCUCUUGUGAUUCAGCUUUGCAGGUAACCUAUAUUGUCAAGGGAAGUGGCCGUCUCCAAGUUGUCGGUGUCAACGGAAAAAGGGUCCUGGAAACCAUUGUGAAACCAGGUAACCUAUUGAUUGUGCCCAGGUUCUUUGUUGUUUCGAAAAUUGCUGAUCCAGAGGGUUUGUCGUGGUUCUCGAUCAUCACCACUCCCAACCCUGUAUUCACUCACUUAGCUGGAAGCAUUGGGGCAUGGAAGGCUAUAUCCCCUGAGCUAUUGCAGGCAGCUUUCAAGGUUCCAGCUGAGACGGAGAAGCUUUUCCGGUCUAAGAGAACCAAUGAUGCCAUCUUCUUCCCACCGUCACAAUGAAGAAACAAAUUUCUUAAGUUGUCUGCUAGUUUCAGUUUUUUGUUUUCCCCCCCAAAAACAUGGUUUCUGGUUUCUACGAUGUUUAGGCCAUAAAGGCUUUUUCUUUCUGUUUAUGCAAGUGAUGUUAAUAUGAAAGAACUAGAAGGUUUUAAGUUUUCAUAAUAUUACAUGCUUUUUCUA